CUCAGGUUUACAAUUUCCAAGAAUUGUGGUUGCUAGAUACAGUGACUAAUAAAUCGGUAUAAAUUAGAGGCUCUCCUAUGGAGGUACGUUUAUACUGAGUGGCCUCGCAUAUAGACGCGAAGUGCUAUGAAAGAGGUACCAUGACAUGACAAGAAUUAUGAUCAUACAUCAAAGGACGCAUGAAAGCAAAAGUGUCAUAAUCAAUCCGAACCCUCAUUACGCAGUAGAAGAACUUUAGUCGAAGAAAGGCAUUAUGGGGAACAAAUCAUCCGUUUCCGACGAAAGGGGAUUUGCAGGUCGUGGCAUAACGCGUUCACAGCGUCACAGCAAUGAAAACCUCUUAUCGACAUCACAACGUCAGGAGGACGACUGGAACGCAAGGCAUAUUCAACUCCGAGAGCCGUCGUCAUCCAGCAGUACUAGCGCACGUGACACUACUAGGGAAGUACAAGGAGGUUCCACCAGUAGUGGGUGUGGGAGUUCUUCUAUCGUAAAGAAAAGAGGAGAUGAAGACCAGGAGCUAGUGGAUUUUGACACGCGAAUGCGGCGUUUGAGUGGAUCACUGCCAGAAGGCGUCGUCCAUGCGAAGUCUCAAGCUGUAGAAGCUGUCCUACCUAGCAAGGAAGCCCAGGAUGCGGCUGACGAAGCUGCUUACAAAGAGCUGUAUCGUCAGUACUCUGCGAAGCUUGAGACCCAAAAGAGGCAGCAGGAAGGUCCUCACUUUUUAUGAAAAGUACGAUUACCUAUACCUAUCUACUGUUUGAGGGAUCAUUAAGAUAGAAACAAUCAUGUUCGUUGUGAGAAAAGUAUUUGAGAGAUAUCUAUGUGAUGGUUGCAAUUCCAAAUGAAUUACGAUUACCCAUUCCCAAUGGGAAUAUCCCACGGUACUAUAGAUACGUAGGAGUAGAUAGUUGGAAGGAAAAUGAUAUUCAAUUAUAUAUUCAUUGUUUUUCUUUGACUUGAAUUCAGCUGCUAGCUUCCAACGAGGGCUUUCGCGUGUGCAGUCGCCGCAUAGAGGGGAAGCACCGUCGAGUCCUCACUAUGAAUCAAUGUGGAGCCAACCAUCCAGUCCGGGUUUGAUGCCGCGCGGUGCUUUAGCGAAUUCCACUGCAGAGAAAGACAGCCAUGGGAAGGCCUUGCAACGCAUGAGCGCUGCUGAAUUAGCAGCCUUGCGACGGAGUUGUGUUUUUCUGGACAGCGUGCGGGCAUCGUCUGCCGAUCUCACUACUAACACUGAAGCAGAGACGAGUCGGAGCUGUGGUCCGAACACCUCAAAGUCAAACAGAAAGGGAAACUACGACACCAACGUCGAGAUGAAACUUAGGGGUAGGCUAAAGGUGUUCCUCUUACCGUUUGUUAUGCCUCUCCUGAAGGAGAAAGGCAAAACAAAGAAAUGGGAAGCAGAAACCCCAAAACCCUACCCCUAAGAAUCGGAAGAACGGGCUUGAACGGGAAGACUCUCAGCCGCCAGAUACUUCUUUUGCGUCAGAUGAUGGUGGUGGAGGCGACGACCAGGAGGACCCAGAUUAAGACAACCGCGAGAGCAUCCUCAGUAUCAUCCUUGGUGCCUUUUUCAAGGGGAAAAAAGGGCCAUUGGUGGUCUUGGGAAUGCGAUGCGGCAGCUCUAAACAGACGACGAAGACAUCGAGAGCGCCUACGCCAGAGUCCGUGACGAAAUCGACAGCUACAUGCGGGAGGUGGUAGGCUCGGCCUCUCCAUCUUUUCCUCGGAUGCAAAGUGCGCCGACAAUGGGUCGCAACGGUAGUGGACCCUAUAAUCGCGUUCGGGACACGCAGAGCUAUGAGAAAAAACACAACACUGCCACUCAAAACUUCUUUUUAUCCUUGCUUGAAGUUAUCCUCAGGCCCAGCCCCAAUGUCAAUCAUGAUAGACUCAUAAUUUAGAAUUCGUCGAGAAUUUUAGGUUACCGUCUUCUCACAAUCUCAAACUGAAUAUGAAACUGAAUGUGAAUGUAACCUUCUUCUUUUUAGUCGCACGUUUAUAACAUUUCACUCAAGAAGAAGAUGAUGGAUAGGUAUUAAAGUAGCUAGCACUAGCUAGUCUCUAACGAGCGGUGAAAGAGCGGGUAGCGCUUCAAAUGGCGUCGCACGUUCAGGGAAAAAGCGUAAAGGAGGUACGGAAGUUACAGAAAUCCGUAUGGAGAUUAAGGAAUGGCUUUGAAUGUGCGAACUGAAUCUUGAUCUUCUGCAUAUCAAAUGCGUUGUGGCCAGAUCGUUAUCUGCCAGGACGCCAGACAUCGUGUUUCUCUCGCCAAGCGAUGUAUAGCAAAACAUAACUGUUUGACAGAAAGCGGAAAGUCGUCGACUUUACGGUGACUUCUACGCUCACAACCAGGCCGUACAUGCUGUUCUUGUGGUGCAGUAGUCACUCUAAAAGUAUUCAGUUCCAUUUGUUUAGUGGCUUUUUCCAUCAUCAGGGCAUACCCAUCUCUUUUUAUUCGUGAAAACAGCAUCGUUGAAAUUCUCUCGGUCAUGUGCAUCGACUCUACCUAGAUUGUUGAGCACCAGCACACCUGCUCAGAUCUUAGCCACAGAGUGGAUCUCUUUCUACAAGUUCGAACUCCG